AUGGAUCAGAUGUUAGAAAGGCUUGCUGGGAAGGCCUACUAUUGCUUCCUGGAUGAGUACUCCGGGUAUAAUCAGAUUGUUGUAGACCCGGCGGAUCAAGAGAAGACGGCUUUUACAUGCCCCUUUGGG